UGAUUGACGUAAUGAACCGUUUUGGACAUUGCGUGAGCUACAAUUUCGUAGAAGAUUUGGAAACAGAGCUAGCUUUUGGUGCUGUUGAGGAAUCUAAGUUAUUGCCUGAAAGUUUGCUUCGCAGACCGGAUCUCAACACUGGAGUUGCCUUUGAUAAUUUCGAUCUUUUCGUUAAAACGCUUACGGGAAAAGAUACGUUACAUGACACCGUGGGAAUCGUGACACAAGAUAUUCCCCCUGAUGGUGACAACUUUCUUCCAUUGGAUGAAUUCGAAGAAGACGAAUGUGAUAUCAUACUAAAAACUGGGAAGCGACGACGGGCAUUCAUAUCAAGAGAUAUAAUAAUUGAACCUUAUUACAAAAAACCCAGAAUGCUGUCUGAGCCCAUGCUGGCUUUAACAGACAGUAGGAGAUCACUUCCACCACCUAGCACUUUGGAAACUGCUUUUAAACUUGACUUCUUAUGGAUGUUAUCACUAUGCCACUGCGUGCCGAAUACUCCUAUGUGGACCGGGUGGAACUCUCGGAUUGUAAAAGAUGUCCUCCCUCUUCAAAGAGUGCGUUAUUUGCCGUAAAUAGACGCAUCUCCAACUCGAGUGGAUGUUGUUAAAGAGACAAUGGAAAGAUCUCUUCGAAUCUUAAAGGAGUGUAACCAGAUAUACAUCUCCGUUUCUUACGACCUCGCAAUAGCAAAACAAGCACUGUGUAUCCAGUCAAUGGAGAAACCAAGAUUUAAUAACCUCUUCAUCCAGCUCGGAUCUUUCCACAUCUUUCUCUCGUUUUUCAAAGCAGUAGGGAAAUUCAUCGCCGAGUCUGGGGCUCCAUAUGCACUAACAGAAAGCGGAGUACUGGCUGCGGGAUCGCUCAACGGUUUCCUCCUUGGGACAAAUUAUAGUCGGUGUAACCGCAUCCACCCACUCCUCGCGGUUUCACUAGAAAUUCUUCACUUCCGUGCAUUUCUAAAAAAGGAAGACAAUCCAGCGUUGUUAGAGAGUCUCCCACGUUUGUUGCUGUUUCUCAAAAUCGGAGAUAAAGAUCCCUGUGGAGACGAUGUAUUC